UUUCCCGCCGCCCGCCGCCCGCCGCCAGAGGGCUGGAUGGUUACCCCGGGCACGUUGGCUCCAUGAUGUUAGGGACUGUGAAAAUGGAAGGGCAUGAAACGAGCGACUGGAACAGCUACUACGCCGAGACGCAGGAGGCCUACUCGACGGUUCCCGUGAGCAACAUGAACUCGGGCCUGGGCUCCAUGAACUCCAUGAACACGUACAUGAGCAUGAACGCCAUGACCACCAGCGGCAACAUGACGUCGGGCUCGUUCAACAUGUCCUACGCCAACCCGAGCCUGGGCGCCGGCUUGAGUCCCGGGGGCACGGGAGGCGCCAUGAACAGCAUGUCGGCCAUGGGCUCGGCGCUCAGCCCCGGCGGCAUGAACGCCAUGGGCGGCCCGCAGGCCUCGUUGAACGGCCUGGGCGCCUACGGGGCCAUGGGACCGUGCAUGAGCCCCAUGGGCUACGCGCCGUCCAACCUGGGCCGCGGCGGCCGAGACGCCAAGAGCUUCAAGCGCAGCUACCCGCACGCCAAGCCGCCCUACUCCUACAUCUCGCUCAUCACCAUGGCCAUCCAGCAGGCGCCCAGCAAGAUGCUGACGCUGAGCGAGAUCUACCAGUGGAUCAUGGACCUCUUCCCCUACUACCGUCAGAACCAGCAGCGCUGGCAGAACUCCAUCCGCCACUCGCUCUCCUUCAACGACUGCUUCGUGAAGGUGGCCCGCUCGCCGGACAAGCCGGGCAAGGGCUCCUACUGGACGCUGCACCCAGACUCGGGCAAUAUGUUCGAGAAUGGCUGCUAUCUCCGGCGCCAGAAACGCUUUAAAUGCGAUAAGCAGCCCGGCGGAGGGGGCGGCGGCGGCGGCGGCAAAGGGGGGCAAGGCGGCGGCGGCGGCGGCGUCCACCACGGGAGCGAGAGCAGGAAAGACCAAGGCGGCGCCAGCCCGCCUCUGCACCGAGGCUCAGGAAAGGGAGGCCCGCUGGAGGCCGCCUCGUCCAACGCCGGCAGCCCCCCAGCCCUGGACCACAACGGCAACGGAGGCGAGCUGAAGCCCUCGGUGGCCGCCGCCGCCGCUGCAGCGGCCGCGGCUGUGGCUGCGGCCUCCUCCGGCCCUGCUUUGGCCUCGCUGGGCCACCCGGGCCACCCGCUGGGCCACCAUGAGUCGCAACUGCACCUCAAGGGCGACCCGCAUUAUUCCUUCAACCACCCGUUCUCCAUCAACAACCUCAUGUCCUCGUCGGAGCAGCAGCACAAGCUGGACUUCAAGGCCUACGAGCAAGCGCUGCAAUAUUCCUCCUACGGGGCCGGCCUGCCCGGCGGGUUGCCUCUCAGCAGCGCCUCCAUGGGCAGCAGGGGAGGCAUUGAGCCCUCGGCCCUGGAGCCGUCCUACUACCAAGGUGUGUAUUCCAGACCGGUCCUAAACACCUCUUAGCGGGCAGGGACUCACUCGAGAGCCAACCGAGCUGAACCGACCUUCCUUCCGGGUCUUGUUUGUCUUUCUGUGUGUGUCUCUAGAUCUCCAUCCAAACUGACAGCACAUCUCCUCCCGCCCCGCUCCCCGCACACAUACACACACGCGCAGCCCGCAGGAUCCGUGCGAGAGAGAGAGAGAGAGAGAGAGAGCGCAACAGAAAAGGGGGAAGGGGGGAGCAAAAGAAAGGACUGUUACUUAAUUCUUAUGUUGGUUGUGUUAUUAUUAUUGUCACCCAAAUGCACCCUGUUUCUCCUGUAUUGGCCUGAAAAGUCCAGCAAGCAAAUCCUAUCCAAUUACACAUACACACACACACACACUGUAUAUACCCGCCUUUCCUUGCCAUGACCACUGUAGACAGACAGACAGACUUCCAUCUUGUAAAUUAUUAUGAUGAUAUUCAUGAUGGGUGGAUUCCUCCCACUUUUUCCCUUCUCGCUGUAAUCGCGCGAGAUUUGGCGGUUUGCGGUGGGACUUGAAACAGAAGAACCCAGGAAGCUGCCUUAAGACUGAACGAGAGAGGCUCUCCGCCGAGGUUACCCGGUGCUAAGGCCUUCUCUCCCUGGCAGCGGCUUCUCGGAGGCGUCAGGGUAGAGCCGUUCGGCUUUUGGCCCUGCUUUCUCCCUUCCUGAGAUGGGCUUCGGACCUGGGGCCUUCCGAAGCAGGCCAAGCCUGGGCUAAGAACCAGACGCAGGUGUUUGGGCGAAAGCAAACUAGGCCGCCUUUGAGGGACACACGCAAGGCAGGGUUGGGAAAGAACCAAACACCGCCAGGGGGGCGCUGAAAAGAAAGAGAAGCCCGGCCGUUUGGAGAGAUGGAAACGCCGCCUUUCGCCUCUUACUGUUGAAGUCAAGGGCAGAAGCCACCCACCACCCACCCCCAGUGCCAACCCCCCACCCCCAUACACAACAAGAGUGGUAUGAACGGUUCGCCGUGGCUCCCCCGGGAGGCGCAGGUCACACGCACAUGGACAAUGGGCCGGAUCCUGAACCCUCUCGCUGUGUAAAGUGGCAGAGACGGCAGUAGGAAGUUCAAGAUGGGGAACUCCAGCGUCUCCUAAAAUAGCCUGGGUCCGGGAUCGGGAUACGGUGCAAAGUCACACACAGGUCACAGCCAUUUAAGGCACGUUGCUCUUCUUCCUCUGGUGGUUAUUAUCCCCCCCCCCGCCAAGCUGUUACUGAGGGGUUUCCUUCAUCAGGACAUCUCCUGGCCAUGUGGAUGACCCGAUUAUUUAUUCCCAGAAUCCUUUCCCCGACGUGCGUUCUGGAACUAUAUGCUAUCCUUCAUUAUUGCAGAAUCCCCACCCCACCCCCACAGAAUAUGUAAACUCGAGGGAUUUUUUUCUCUUUCCUCUUCAUCAGAUCAAUCUAUUUCCAAUCAUGAUUGCCCCCCACCCCGAAAUUCUUGUGGCCGCUUAAUUAUCGUCGUUGUUAGCCCGUUCAUCCAGUGUUAAUGCACUUUCCACGGUUUUUACACGAUGUUUUAGCCUAGCCAGAUGGGGUCUCCCACCUUUUUUUUUUUUUUUUGGUUUUGUUUUGUUGUUAUUUUUCCUGUUGGCUUUCACGAUGUUCUUAAUUUAUUUGCACGGUUUAUACUUUCUUUCUUUACAGCUUGAAAGUGCUUUAAAUGACGGUUUUAAAAUGACACACACCAUUUUAAAGAAAAUAAAAAUCUUAAUUUUAUAAUAAAUGUGAUUGUAAUUGAGAAAAUGUUUUGUUUUUGUUUUUUUAAAUGACAGUAUAAUCCGUAAAGUAUGUUUUUCCCCUCCCUUUCUCUCUUUCGAUCAUUUGCA